CUUUUUUCUUCUUUCUUCUUCACCUCUAACCCCUCUUUCUUCACACUUGACAAUACCACAAAUUAUUAUUAUUAUUAUUAUUAAUAUUAAUUCAUCUUCUCUCUUUUUUUUUCUCAAUUGUUGGCCAACCCAUACCUUCCUUUUCAUAAUAAGUCAAUCUCCCUUCCUCCAUAUAAACCCCCAUUAUUUUGAUCAUACCUCAUUAUUCUCAUUAUAUUCAUCACAGAAAAAAUAAACCCAUUUUUCAAAAUCAAAAACCCAGAAAAAUGGGUGAAUUCCCACCAAUAACAGAAUGCAACCCAGAAAAAAAAUCAUACAAAUCAAUAGCAGCAGAUUUAGAUGGAACCCUUUUAAUAUCAUCAUCCUCAUUUCCCUAUUUCAUGUUAGUCGCCAUUGAAGCCGGAAGUUUCAUAAGGGGUUUUAUUCUUCUUUUAUCACUACCUUUCAUUAUAAUCUCUUACCUUUUCAUAUCAGAAUCUUUAGCAAUCCAAACCAUGAUUUACAUAUCCUUCGCCGGACUUAAAGUGCGCGACAUUGAACUCGCCGCACGUGCCGUUCUUCCGAGGUUUUACGCGGCGGAUGUUCGGAAGGAGAGUUGGGAAGUGUUCGAUAAAUGCGAAGGGAAGAAGGUGGUUGUGACGGCGAAUCCGACGGUAAUGGUGGAGGUGUUUGUGAGAGAGUAUUUGGGUGCGGAUAAAGUGUUGGGUACGGAAAUAGAGGUGAAUCCUAAGACUAGAAGAGCUACUGGGUUUGUUAAAGGAAGAGGGGUUUUAGUAGGGGAGAAGAAAAAAGAGGUUGUUCUAGAAGAAUUUGGUGAUGAUUUGCCUCAUAUUGGUCUUGGUGAUCGUGUUUCUGAUCAUGAUUUCAUGGCUCUUUGCAAGGAAGGGUACAUGGUACACAAAGACAAGUCAGCAAAACCAGUAUCACAAGAUCAACUAAAAUCACGCAUCAUCUUCCAUGAUGGACGGCUAGUACAACGUCCGGACCCACUAAACGCAUUAAUAACCUAUAUAUGGAUGCCAUUUGGCUUCAUCCUAGCCGUUUGUAGAGUCUACUUCAAUCUGCCCUUACCAGAGCGUAUCGUAAACCGUACAUACGCCCUCAUGGGAAUAAAACUCAUCAUACGUGGGAACCCACCACCAGCACCAUCACCCGGGUCACCCGGAAACCUAUAUGUAUGCAACCAUAGAACACCACUUGACCCGAUUGAGAUAGCUAUCGGGCUUAAAAGGAAACCCGCAUGUGUUACCUAUAGUGUGUCUAAAUUAUCAAGGUUUAUAUCUCCAAUCCCAGCCGUUGCUUUGACGAGAGAUCGUGUGACUGAUGCUAAUAUGAUUAAAAAGUUGCUUGAGAAAGGUGAUUUGGUUAUUUGUCCUGAAGGAACCACUUGUCGUGAGCCUUUUUUGUUGAGGUUUAGUGCUCUCUUUGCUGAAUUGAGUGACAGGAUUGUGCCAGUGGCAAUAAACUGUAAACAAAACAUGUUUUACGGAACAACAGUACGAGGAGUAAAAUUUUGGGAUCCAUAUUUCUUCUUCAUGAACCCAAGACCUACGUACGAGGUUACCUUCCUUGAGAAGCUACCACCGGAGAUGACGUGUCAGGAUGGCGUAAAAACCCCGAUCGAGGUGGCAAAUCACGUGCAGAAGACGUUGGCUGGGGUGUUAGGCUUUGAAUGCACUCAACUCACCAGGAAGGAUAAAUACAUGUUGCUUGGUGGCAAUGAUGGCAAGGUUGAAUCCAUCCAUGCUGCUAAGAAGGCAGCUUAGACUAUUAUAAUUUUAUUUUUUUUUUAUAAUUAUUUAAUUUUCUAGUUCAUAAAAAAAACAUUAUUGAUAUUAUUGUGUUGAUUAAUCUUUUUUUUUUUUUUUUUGUGUUGAUUUGAUGAUUUAAUUAGAAAAUUAGAGAUUGGAGUAUAUUUUAAUCUAAUUGUUAGUUAUUUUUCGUCUAUAAAAUUAAAUUGUUAUAUAAGUUAUAAUUGGUUGGAA